UAACCGUUAAAAUGUAACAUGUGCAAAUGUCAAAAUGUCUAUCGCUCGUAAUUAUUUAUUUAAUCAUUAAAGUAAAUAAUUAAUAAAAUAAUAAUGUCUGAUUUAAUUGACGAGCUGAUAAAUUCAAUUGACACUUCAUCAGAUUAUGAUUCAUCUUCAUCUUUAUCUUCUUUGCUGUCAUAUUCUUCCAAUGAAUAUAAUUAUUGUUAUAACAAUCGUUUGAGAAAAAAAACUUCACGCCGUCGGACUUAUAUUAUUGGAACGUCGAUCCGCGUUAGAAAUAAACAGAGUCAGAGUGAUGCCUACCGUACAGCAUUCCAAGCAUUUUUGGACCGCCGUCGCAAUCCAGCGGAUCCAGGAUUCAUCAACAACACCUCAGAAAAAGGACAUACAAAUAACACAUCAAUUUUGUGGAAAAAAAACUACGAAAACACAGCCAAGAAUAUUGAUGAGAGUGAAUUUUCAUCGGACUUGGUGACUAUCUGUGAAAUUCCAUACGCAUCUCCGUCAGAAAUAUUUGAAAUAGGCUGGGUAGCUGGUACCGAGGACCGCAAUAUUGAAGUGUUAUACGCAGAGUGGCAUAAUAUAAAAGUCUCAUUACGCAGACAUCUCAAUGGUGAGUGUAAGAAUGCUAUAAAAGCUGAUAUAAAAAUUCUCAGUGAAAUACGGCAUCCAAAUAUUGUGCUACUGAUGGGUACAACGCACACUGUCAAUCACAAUAUCGCUGCUGUUUGUGAACCGAUUGAUUGUACACUCCACCAUUAUCUCCACGAGCAGUUUCAACAGAUUUCUAUCCAAGAGAUCGUUAAAAACAUAGAACAGCUCGCCGCAGCUUUGAAAUACGUCCACAUGCGAGGAUACGUUCAUUCUGCUAUUAAUUCACACUUUGUCUUCCUGACAUCGAAUAGAGUUAUCAAGCUCGGUGGCUGGGAGCUUGCUGUAGAUAUUAAUAAAAUUACUGUCGAUGCACGCAAGUAUGAAGAUUGCUUGAGAGCUGAGAUAUUUAGAUGGCAAGCACCAGAACUUUUUAACCGUCAGAAACCCACCACGGCUACUGAUGUUUAUGGACUGGCGCUACUUGUCUGGGAAAUGGCUACGAUGACUGAACCUUGGGCGGAUUUAAAUAAAGAAGAGCUUGAACAUCAGUAUCUUCAAUUAAAGCGAGGUAUAAUGACUCGUAAUAAUCACUUUCCUCCUCAGCUUCAAAAUUUACUGGAAUCUGGAUUGCAAUUGGACGUAAACAAAAGGACACUUGAUAUGAUGAAGAUGAGCCGGUAUUUGCAGAGACUUGAGAUGCAGUAUGAAAAUCAAAAGCCGCUUUAUGUUGAUCAGUCUUUGGUUAAUACCAAUACAAUUAAUGAUUUCAGUUAUUUGUCUGAAUCUUCAAUAAUUACUUCCAAUACGUCACCAAAUAUUCUUCGGUCGAUAUCAAUUUCUUCGUAUAAUCCGCAACAAGUAAUUGUUAAUCUUAAAACACCUAACUUGCAAAAAAUUUCAGUUAAUCAGCUAAAAUCUCCAGAAAUUGAACAAAAAAAUUCAGAACAGAAAACUCCUGCGGUAAUUCCACAAAAGAUUCCAAUAGUUCAUCAAAGAACUCCGCUGAUCCAACAAAAAACUCCACUGACUAAACAAAAAACUCCACUGACCAAGCAAAAUAUUCCAUUGACUAAAAAUAAUACUCCAUUGACCCAUCAAAAAACUCCAGUAAUUAAAGAAAAAAAUUUAACUUCAGUUCAACAAAAAACUCCAGUUCAUAAAAAUUUUUCAGUUCAACAAACUACUCCGAUGUCUAAAAAAAAAGUAGAAUCACGCAAACUAUUUGAAAAUAAUGAAAAUAGAAAUGAUAAUGUCCAAGAUGAAUCUUUCAACAGUUCAAGCACUCAAAGUAUUGAUUGCAAUGAUAAUUCUGAAGUAGUUUUCACCGGUGAAUUCCAACGGAGCCCAGUCCUACCACGCAAACCGACUUAUAAAGUAAAUAUAGACAAUUCAAUACCGAAAGAAACGAUAGAAGAGCCUAGGCUUGAUCGAGCCAGAUUAAAACAAGUUUUAGCCAAUCGACGAAACUCAUUCUUCACAACUAACAUUUCACAAAUUAACAAUAAUCCAUUCCAAAGAUACCAAGCCACAAAGGCACAAAUAAUAAACCAGGGAGCCAGCAAAGACUACGAGCCCUAUAAACCAGCAAGUCACAAGACCAGCAUCGAGCCCAAGAUUAAUUCGUCCACCGAGCACUCAAUUUUGUCUAAAGUAACACCUAGAAAAACUCCCAGGUCGCCUUAUUCUUAUGUACCACCUCCGAUAAGAAACGCUGUAAUACAGCCUCAAGUUUUGAACAACAACUCUCAGAGUUUUUUUGAAUCGUCACUCUGGAGCAAAGAGAGGUCUCUAUGCGCCUCCAGAACUCAGUUUUAUGAUUCCUUAGAGGAGAAUAAAAAUUCUUCGCCUUCCAGUAAUAAGACAUUCACGGUUAAAAAUUCCCCUGAGAUUAUUAUGAGCAAUAAGAAUGGAAACCGAAAGCUGAUUGUCAAUAAAGGUGGUACUGAUGUAACUCUCACCACUAGACCACGUUGUGGAUCACUGCAAGUGCUCAAAGAUACUUUGGAUCGUGUAACUGACUUGGUAAAGUCUUCGACUCAUAUAAAUAAUUCGUCAUCGCAGUCGCUGACGUCGCCUGAGAAUUUCAAAGACUUUGAAAAAUACGAUGAAGCUCACGAUGCUCUGCACUCUCCAGAGUCUGUUUUUGAGGAGCUUUAUAAAUUGAAUGACAAUGUUGAUGAAGAAAUACGUCCGAUAGAGAGGUCUGUCAGCGCUGGUACUUUUACAAUGGAGAUUGAAAAAUUUUACAGUAAUAGUGACGAAGAUUUGAAAUGUCAGAAAAAUCAACAGGUUGCAGAGAGUUCUGAGCAACGUCCAUCUCCAACUUUGGUUGAAGUACAAACUGCUCUUCAGUGCGGAAUUCCUAUUCGCACUUGCCAUGAGUAUGUAGGAUUUACCAGACAUGAAAAGAAAAUUGAAAGCGGUAGACUUAAGAUCAAUGACUCUAACUCUGAUAAUUUAAAGGAAAAAAAUUUUAAGUCUGGUAAUGAUGACAAGGAUAAUUUUGAGCUGUUCGGUGAUCAUUUACAGAAAAAUAAUGAGUAUAUGUCUUACUCAGAAAUAACUUUAUCUCGCAGACGGUCAUUACCGCCUGCUUUAUGUCAGUUGAGAAAUAAUGGGAGUAAUACUAGAACUGAGUCACCGUUAGCUAAAGAAAUUAAUAAAAAAAUAGACAUUGCUGAUGGGGCUGUUGAAGACUUUUAUAUUGACGAUGAGUUUACUGAGAAUAUCCUUGCACCAAAUAUGCUUCUUUCUUACAGAAACUCAACCACUGACAACGGUAUAAGCGGAGAAAAUUUUCAAAUAGAUCAAACUGAGAUUAUUUAAUUAAUUAAAUUAUAUUAUGUUCUAACAAUUAAAUGUUUUAAAUAAUUUUAUAAACCAU